AGCCGAUAAACGGAAAGGGAAACAUAUUUAAAUUAAAUAUCAGUAUUGAACAUUCAUUGGAAUAAAACUUUUACAUAUUCGAAGUGCGAAAGUAUGCAACGACCAACCUAUUAGAAACUGAACAUUUUUAGGGACGUAUGCAACCGUGUACGAAUCGAGCUGUAACCAUUUCCGUAGGCACGAAAAGAAUUUGCGGGAAACUUAUUCACGCCAAACUAAGGCUAAAUUUAAUUUUAAGAUGGCAAGCGAAAGUAGUAAGAAUGUUGUCGAAACACUAGGAAAUGACAUUUGUCUGUCUUGGAAGAAGCUGCCCUGCUAUUUUCCUUGUGGGGAGGGCCACGUAAGCUGUGAACUGGGCGGCAAAAUCUACGCAUUUGGCGGAGUUUCCCAGGAUGGCGAAGAACUACGAGAGUCGAAUGAUUUGUUUUUAUUUGAUCCAGCUGCACAGAAUCCGAGCUGGACAAAGUUGGUCGUGAAGGGAAGUCCGCCACCCCCGCGGUCUGCUGCCGGUCUGGCUGCAGUUGACAACAAACUCUACCUGUUUGGAGGACUCAGUCAUGCCUUUGGCUGGUUUGAUGAUCUUUAUAGAUUUGAUAUAGAUUCCCGGACGUGGUCUGUUUUCAACUGUGAGGGUCAGCGGCCGAGCGCGAGAGACAAACUCCAGUGUGCUGUUGUAGAUAAGCGGAUCUUCUUCUUCGGUGGUUUUGGUCCAAAGUCGGCCGAUGCAGACCUAGAGGAUGAUGACGACGAUGAUGAAGAAAUUGAAGAAACGGGAAAUCAGGAGGGAGCCGAGUUUGGCUGGUUCAACGAUCUGUUUGUGCUUGAUACAGAAAGAAACAAGUGGUCUCAGCCGGUGCAGAUGAACCUGGGAGUGCCGACUGCGCGAGCCGCCCAUGCGAUGUGCCGUAUGGGCAGAGAUAUCGUCGUCUUCGGAGGCAGGGGCAUUGACGCCAGGCAAAACGACUUGCACAUAUACAAUACAGACACAAGAAAAUGGCAGAUGGACUUAAAAGUUGAAGGGAGACAACCAGAACCCCGCUCAUUUCACACAAUAUCAGCUGUAAACAACCGACUUGUCGUUAUUGGAGGGCGUGGUCUGAAGAAUCAACACUUCUCAGAAAUACAUAUUUUUGAUGCAGAUACGAAACAGUGGCUGCAGCCGUCUGUCAGUGGUGAUGUACCUAGUGCAAGGGGACAGCACUCUGCUGUAGUUGCUGGUGACUCUCUUGUCGUGUGCGGAGGAUCGGCUAAUUUCAGUGACGAGAUGAUGCAGUGUCAUAACCAUUUCUCAGACACGUACCUCGUUAAAACAGCUGACGUAAUAAAAGGUGGCUGCACUGAUAAGAAACCAGACACUCCCGUGCGAAAUGGACUUUCUUGAUGUAUCGUUUGAUGUUGACUGUGCAUGUUUUAUUCUCAUAAUAACUCACCAUAAUAGACAGGAACAGACUUCCCUGCAAAGCGAUAAUGAAAAAACAGUGACUGUCAUUUUGUCAAUACCUUUUAUUGAAUCAUCAGUGCUAACAAGUUAUAGGCAGCAAUAUUUGAAGUUGGUGAACAUAAUGCAGCCAAUACAUAGUGUUGAAUUUCCCGUUUACAUGCUCAGUAAUUACUGUAUAUAUCCUGAAUUCCAUUGCAAAACGCACCGACUAAUGUUCCAUUAUUUUAGCUAUCACGUGUAAAGUUGCAAUAAAACACACAAGAACCAUAACUCUUGUAUACAAGUUUUGGAUUACCUACCGGAAUACAACCAAUAAUACAAAAUCAGUUCAAUGUAUUAUUUUUCCUUCUUAAUCUUAUAUCCUUUUUACAAAAACAAUCUUGAAUCAUGCAUCUGCAAUUAGUUCAGUGUAUACUGUUUACUCAACUGCAGUUCACCUGAAACCUUUCUAUGCAAACACAACAAAGAGUAUGCGUGCAAAAUCAGGACCAUUUAUUACAUCAUCGAAGAGGUUGGGUUUUUUACAGUCGUUACAGAAUAAACUUAUAUUUUCUACUUACUAUUUUCAGUAAAACCCAGGUUAUUGUUUGUGCUGUAGUUUUGUUUUAUUCAUUGACUCAUUCUUCCAUUUAUUCAUCCAUUCUUCAAUCCUUCACCCACUGUUAUUUUCUUCAGUCUGUGUGUUUUGAACAUUACAAUUUUACAUUCUUUCAAAGUACAUUGGCAACCAUCGUUUAUGUUUACCAAUAUUUGGGGAAAACAAACUCGAUUUUUAAAGAUAUUUUUAUUAUGUGGCAGAGUUAUUCUGUAUAAAAUCAUAUACAAAAUAUUACUUUUUGAAGUAAAAAAGCCAAGAUAUGGAUAUUACUUUUCCAGUGACAAUGUCGUCAACUUUGCGUUAAUGUUUCACGUUUAGAUCAGUUUCUCACAAACUAUAAGUCCCAAGUCAAUAAAACUUGGUUUAUAGUUGCACUUAUGGAUGUUGAUCACAGUGCACUGAGAAAGUGCAGGCGACACAUUUAAUUCCAGAAUGGUUAAUAGCUGCAAAAGUUUAUAAAAAAUCUGUGAAUUUUUAUCAGUUGAUUGCUUUAUCUUUCUGAUUGCUGGAAAAUAUAUUUUAAAUUUUCUGAUUAAAAAUAUUUUAAACAGGCAGCAUUUUGGAGUUAAUAUUGACAGAAAUAUUUUAAUUGCACCCAUUAAAAUGGGUGUGGAGUUGAAAUAAUUGAUCAGAUUUUAAAUUUUGAUUGUAUGGUGGUUUUACAGCAAAUCGUGGUAGUUAGUAUUAAGUUAUGACAAUUUCAUAGCAAAUGGUGUUAAAUAAUGUAUCAAACUAUGAGCAUGUAAUAUAUUGAAACCAUUUCAUUCUGUUAGUUACUACAGCAAUAAAAAUAUAUGUUGACAUAUUUUAAUGUUGAUACACGAUGGUUCUCUUUUUGUUGUUUUAUCAUUUGUUUUACUUCUAUGAAAUGAAUAAAAUCGCAACUAGUUACUAAACAUUUAUCAUUAUAAACCAACUUUAUGAAGUAGACUUGAUAAAUAGUUUGUACCAGGGCUUGGUUUUCUUAGAGAAUUUGAUCCCAUAAUAUUCCAAUAAAUGAAAACGACAAGUUCAAUCAGUAAUUAAAAAAAUAACGAGCAACUUCAUUCCAACACCCAGUGUUAGAAACUAAAAUUUCCAUAAACAGAUAAUUAUUAGCAUCAAAUUCUGAAUAGUUAUUUGGGACAUUACAAAACAUCAAUUUUUUUUUUUUUUUUAAAUUGAUUCUUAUGAAUUCAAUAAGAUGUAAAAUUGUGGUAACGGAUCCUGAUAGAAAUGGAUGAAGAAAAGGCAUAUACAGACCUCGCCAUGAAAAAAAUUCAUGGGAGUGAAUCAUUGCUCCCCUAACUUAGAUCUGGGGAUCCAUUUAAGAUAUUACAAUAUUGGGCAUUCAUAUAUAAUCCUUUUGUAGUACUAUAUAUAUUUUGUAAUUCACAUUCUAAGGGGAGUUAAAAAUUACUCUCCUUGAAGUAUAGUCCGUCCCAUCAUUUUAUAAAAAUGUUUUUUGUAAAUUUCAGUUUGGUUUGACGUAAGAAGGAAAGUAAACAGUGUUUUGGAAAUUAAAAAAUUUACUAUUUUUGUGUGCAAAGUACAAAACAAUCAGCUCAGAAAUAAAUAACGUGUAGUAAAUUCCAUAGUAUAAAAAAAGUUGUUCCCUAUGGGACGGACGAUGGUCAGCAACCGAUAGCUCCCCUUAAACAGUGAGGUCUUCAUCUAUAUACAUGUAUGUAUAUAUUAUCUACAAAAACAUUUGUCCAUAAUAUUCUGAUUGUGGUCAAUAAUAUUAAUCAUUUCAUCUGUAUUCCCUCUUUCCAGUAUAUAUUUAAAAAAUAUUUUAUUGUCAUUUACUAAUUUACUCUUGGAGAAAUUCCCUCAAUAUUAAACACCACUAUUCUAAAGUU